UUUCCCAGUCUGCAGUUGUUGGUGGCUGCCCUGGAUGUCUCUUUAGCUUUUUUUAGUUUGUCCUGGUAUUUUAUUUACAUUUGUGGCCUUCUAGAUGUUGCGCUGAGACUCCUAGCAAAGGUCGUCUUCUGUCUCCUUCCCACCACCUGCAAUCUCCUGGAUUUAAAGGGGACCCCCACACCCCCCUUUUUUGGGAAAGGUUUUUGGCUUCUUGAUUUUUGGUGGAUGGUCAGAACUCACCUAAACCAUGCCUGAAAAUGGACAAGAAACCAGCAGCACCCCUGCCAAGGAGUCACCAUUCUCCAUCAAAAGUCUCCUGACCUGCGAACCAACUAGGGCUGUCCGCCCCCCAAAGGCUCUAUUCACCCCAAUCAAGGGGACCCUGGAGGGGACGACCUUUGCCCUCUCCCCACUGACUGACCUCUCUUUCCCUCGAUUAGAGAUCCCAACCCAGAGAUUCACCUUACCUGCUCAUUACCUGGAGAGAUCCCCAGCCUGGUGGUACUCCUACACCCUGACACAUGGGGGCCACACACCCAGGACUGAAGUGUCAGAGAAAAGCCUUCUUCUCGGCCCUUCCUCUCCUGUCUCUGGGGGUGAGAGGGACUCUCCAGAAUCCAUCAAACCAGACCUUGACGCCAAGGAGAGCGAUUCAAAGAGUCCAGAAGAGAUCAUUUUGGAAGAGAGUGAGCCUGAGGAUGGUAAGAAGGAGGAGAGUGGAGAGGACUGGAAGAAGCGAGAGGACAGUCCAGAAAAGAAGCCCUGCAGGAAGAAGAAGACCAGAACAGUGUUCUCCAGAAGCCAGGUCUUCCAGCUAGAGUCCACUUUUGACAUGAAGAGAUAUCUGAGCAGCUCAGAAAGGGCAGGACUGGCAGCCUCUCUCCAUCUGACAGAGACUCAGGUCAAGAUCUGGUUCCAGAACAGGAGGAACAAGUGGAAGAGGCAACUGGCAGCAGAACUAGAAGCUGCCAACUUGAGCCAUGCAGCUGCUCAGAGAAUUGUGAGGGUCCCCAUCUUGUACCACGAAAACUCCUCCAGCGCAGAAAGUGGCAACUCUGCGCCCAAUGUGCCAGUCAGCCAACCCCUUCUGACUUUUCCUCACCCAGUGUAUUAUUCCCAUCCUGUGGUCACAUCAGUCCCCCUGCUCAGACCUAUCUGAGAGUGCCCCAUCCCCAUGAUCAUUGCCACUGGGUCAAAAAUGAACUUGAUAGCCCUGAUCCAGAGGAGAAGGGACAAAAUGACCAAGUGACAAAGCUGCAGGACUCCUCCAAAGAGUAUGUAAGUACUAAAGGUGGAUGGACAUGAGCCUCAAACAGCACACUCCGGGCAAGGAAUCAGCAUGGUUGUUUAAGAAAAACAAAAAGAUUACAAUAAAAUACAUUUUUAAAAAUAUAUAUAUUGAAAAGGACUCCUGGCACAUCAGAUUCUAGGCUCACAUUUGAAAAAGUGAACAACACCAUACAAAUCAGACUCGCUGAUAUUUGAGAAUCUUUUUUUUAUUUUUUUUUAUUUUUUAGA